AGUGCCCCUCAUCUGUGGAAGUGCUCAGCAUCUGGUGAAUUUGCCCAGUCCCAUAGUAGAGGUCACCAGCCCCCAGGCUUGAGAGAAACCCCCAGGUACCUAGUGCAAUUUGCCAGACUUGGAGGGGCCCAUGGAGGUGGGCUGGGCUGAGCUGCCUGAAUAGACAGGGCCCAGCAGCCUGGUGGGCACACGACUCAGAGGCUGACCACUCAGAGGAUGCCCUGAUGGUGCCCUCCGGAUAUCCAUCCUCAUCCUGCUGGCUCAGGCUUGACCCCUGCCCCUGCUUUUUCCUUUCCCCUGGAUCAGAGUCCCUUUCCAUGGAGUCAGGAGGUGGAAACUAAUUCUGAAAACAGACCUACUUAGGUGGAGUGAGGCCUCUAGCUGAGGUCUAAAGAAAAUAGGGCAGUGGGGUCUCUGUCAUCCUAGCAUGGUGCCUCAGGUUUUGUCCAUAGGGCCCAUUAUAUCUGGGGGAGGGAGGUAUAAGCGAGCGCUGUCACUCACCUAAGGAGGUGGCUUGAGCCAGGGCCUCCCUGGAGAAGAUCAGGAGCAAGCAGGUAGCCAGCAACUGAGGGAGACUGAAUUGCUAGAAGCCUAAGAAAGUAAUUUAUAAGAAAGAGCCUGGUUGCCUGCUUUAGACCAGGAUUUUGCAAAGUUGUUCUGUAGGAUGCAGACAAGUGUGCCUGGAGCAGGGCAGCAGUAGUGUCUGCAAGCAUCUACAGCCCAGUCCUGGCUCCACCUCCCUCCCCCAUCCUCCAACCUUGGAUCAUGACAUUCCUGAGGGCAGGGAUCAAAUCUUUCACUCUGUUCUUUGUCCCAUCCAGCACAGGGUCUGAGGCAAAGAGGGGCUCACUCCCUGCCCAGGCCCACAGCCAUGGCCAUGGCCCAGAAACUCAGCCACCUCCUGCCCAGUCUGCGGCAGGUCAUCCAGGAGCCUCAGCUAUCUCUGCAGCCAGAGCCUGUCUUCACGGUGGAUCGAGCUGAGGUGCCGCCGCUCUUCUGGAAGCCGUACAUCUAUGCGGGCUACCGGCCGCUGCAUCAGACCUGGCGCUUCUAUUUCCGCACGCUGUUCCAGCAGCACAACGAGGCCGUGAAUGUCUGGACCCACCUGCUGGCGGCCCUGGUACUGCUGCUGCGGCUGGCCCUCUUUGUGGAGACCGUGGACUUCUGGGGAGACCCACACGCCCUGCCCCUCUUCAUCAUUGUCCUUGCCUCUUUCACCUACCUCUCCUUCAGUGCCUUGGCUCACCUCCUGCAGGCCAAGUCUGAGUUCUGGCAUUACAGCUUCUUCUUCCUGGACUAUGUGGGGGUGGCCGUGUACCAGUUUGGCAGUGCCUUGGCACACUUCUACUAUGCUAUUGAGCCUGCCUGGCAUGCCCAGGUGCAGGCUGUUUUUCUGCCCAUGGCUGCCUUUCUCGCCUGGCUUUCCUGCAUUGGCUCCUGCUAUAACAAGUACAUCCAGAAACCAGGCCUGCUGGGCCGCACAUGCCAGGAGGUGCCCUCCGUCCUGGCCUACGCACUGGACAUUAGUCCUGUGGUGCAUCGUAUCUUCGUGUCCUCCGACCCCACCACGGAUGAUCCAGCUCUUCUCUACCACAAGUGCCAGGUGGUCUUCUUUCUGCUGGCUGCUGCCUUCUUCUCUACCUUCAUGCCCGAGCGCUGGUUCCCUGGCAGCUGCCAUGUCUUCGGGCAGGGCCACCAACUUUUCCACAUCUUCUUGGUGCUGUGCACGCUGGCUCAGCUGGAGGCUGUGGCACUGGACUAUGAGGCCCGACGGCCCAUCUAUGAGCCUCUGCACACGCACUGGCCUCACAACUUUUCUGGCCUCUUCCUGCUCACGGUGGGCAGCAGCGUCCUCACUGCGUUCCUCCUGAGCCAGCUGGUACAGCGCAAACUUGAUCAGAAGACCAAGUGAAGGGGGAUGGCAUCUGGUAGGGAGGGAGGUAUAGUUGGGGGACAGCAGUCUGGGUUUGGCUCCAGGUGGGAACAAGGCCUGGUAAAGUUGUUUGUGUCUGGCCCACAGUGACUCUCUGUGCACGACUCAACUGCCAAGGGCGUCACUGGCCAAUUCUUGGAUUUAGGGAUUGGCUAGGAGUUGCUGGGGUCCACUCCUGGGCCUGCCCCAGCUCCUUGCCCAGGGAGAGGGAAAGAGUUAAAGGUGUGGGCCACUCCAGCUUGCCCUUCCACUGCCACUCACUGGGGUGAGGCUGGGGGUCAGCUUGGUGAGGAUUGGGGCUUCUAGAUUGUCUAGGCAGGAGGUGAAACUUAGGCCAGAGUCAGAUUUGAGCUGAGCCAGGGGAGGCCUUGGCAACCUACUUCUACUCAGAUUUCAUUGCUGGAUGCGGAAGGGGCAGGCCCAAAAUAUAUACAGGAUCUUACUGUCCCUUGAAGCCCAGCCACAAGUGUUGGAGCUGCAGAGAGACCCCAAAGGUAGUAGAUUGUGCCAGAUACAAAUGGGUCCCAUCCAGUGCUUCAUACCCCUUCAGUCACUAUCCCAGACAGUGAGCCCCAGAUCUCCUAGCUCUGGCUUCUGUGUCCCACACAGCCUGUUCCCAGCUUCUCUCCUGGUUCCCUUGUUAAGGAUUCAUUUAUCCAUUCAGUGUUUCCUGGGCCUCUGCUCAGAGGCAGGUCACCACUGGGCCCUGUGGAUCAAUGCAAGAUGACAAAGGCUUUUUUUUUUUUUGAGGAGUUUCGCUCUUGUUGGCUAGGCUGGAGUGCAAUGGUGCGAUCUCGGCUCACUGCACCUCUGCCUCCCGGGUUCAAGCGAUUUUCCUGCCUCAGCCUCCCGAGUAGCUGGGGUUACAGGCAUGCACCACCAUGCCUGGCUAAUUUUCUGUAUUUUUAGUAGAGACAGGGUUUCUCCAUGUUGGUCAGGCUGGUCUUGAACUCCUGACCUCAGGUGAUCUGCCCGUCUCGGCCUCCCAAAGUGCUGGGAUUACCGGCAUGAGCCACUGCGCCUGGCUGACAAAGGCUUUGAUAUCAGAAUGAACUGUCAAGGGAGGUGCUGGAGAGGGAUUAACCUGUGCUGCCUGGGACCCUCAGGGUCUUAGGUUGGGGAGUGUGAAUAGGAGUUUGCAGAUGGAGAAUAGGAAGGGCAUUCCAGGCAGAGGGAAACCUGUGCAGAGACCCAGGGGUGUGGAAGGAAAAGUGGGGUUGGGGCUGGGGUGGUCUGGAUUAUGGCCUGGAUGCAAUAAAGUACUGUGACAGUA